GGUAGGUUUGCUUGGGCCGGGCAUUCGACGAGCCUUGGUGCCGGCUACGUCCUCCAAGGGAGUCGCUGGCCUUGAUGUCUUGCGCUUGCUCCGAUCACUCAAUCAUGCAUGCCCGGUUUUCAGGCUGAGCCGCCUUCCUCCGGUUUCGGAACAGGGGAUUGUCGAUCUCGAUCUGGGGGCGGCCCUGCCAACGCAUAUUCUGCAAGCUUUCUCGCCGGAAAUGGAUUCGUAUUCACAACCACAACCACAACCACAACCACAACUCCAGCCACAACUCCAGCCACAAAUGCAGACGCAGACGCAGACGCAGACACGUUCGAUCGGAUCUCUGCUUCGAAAUAUCCUUCCAGUGACCGUUCCGCUUGCUGUGGCUGUCCUAUGGCUGCUCAGGGUCAUUCCGAUCCAGAUCUCAAGCUUCCUGCUGGGUAUCGUGGUUUCCGCCUACCUGACCGACAGCUUCCUGUGGGACGGUCUGCGAUAUGUCCUGACGCUCCAAAGCGGCAUCCGCGACUACAAGAUGGACCAUAUCAUGCUCAACAUGCAUUGCGACGAGUUCUGGCUCAACAUGGGCUAUUGGAAGGACACCGUCGACUUUGUCAAGGCCUGCGAAGCACUUGCCAAGCUCGUUGCCGAACGGGCCCAGAUCCCCGCAAAUGCGUCUGUCAUCGAUUUUGGUGCUGGGUGCGGCGACCAGACGCUCUUUUUUCUCAAGCAGUACGACAUCCUUGCAAUGACGACCGUGACGCUGGAGGCCACACAGGGCCGCUUUGCCAAGAACCGCAUUCAUGAGUUCCUGGCUCGGUCGGCCGAGAUCAAGACCCGGGUUCAGGUGCUGGUAGGCGAUGCCACCGAUCCACAGUCGUGGCAGGCAGUCGACUCGCUGUUCUUUCCUGUCAAGUCGAUGCGGCCCCGGUCUGCCCAAGCGGACAUUGCUCGCGAAGCCUUCGACGUGGCUCUGUCGCUGGAUGCCCAGUAUCACUUUGAUGAUCGCAAGCGGUUCUUCAGUCUCGUUCACUCUCUUCUCAAGCCAGGAGGGGCAUUCUCUUGCACAGACAUUGUGCGAGCAGCUCAUCGACCACGCUCGUUCAUCGAGCGAUUGUUGCUGAAUAUGUUCUAUGUUGGCAGCUCGGUGCCUGAGAGCAAUCGCCAGGCAUCGGCCUCGGAUGUUGUUGCGAUGCUCGAGGACGCGGGCUUCGUGGAUAUCGAUGUCUUGGACGUUAGCGAGCAUGUGUUCCCGGGUCUGGCUCGGUUCUUUGACUGCCAGGAGAACCGCUUCGGCACCUUUAUGCGGCCGAUGAAGUGGCGGCCCUAUCGCAUUGUCUCGUGGCUGCUGCGAUGGGUCUCCCGCGACGAGAUGCUCAAGUUUAUUGCCAUAACGGCACGCAAGUCUGGUUCGUCAACGUGAACUGCGGACCUGCACCCGCUCUCACACCCGCACCCAGAGGAGCAGCAACACCAACUACGAUGGCAUCGGCAGCCCGUUCAAAGAUACGAUC